GAAGCCCAUUCAGAUUUGGCAGACCUCGAGCUGGCGGCGAUUUUGGCCAUUCAGUUGCCUUAUCGACGCCCAUCCGGCAGGGUGUAAAGUAAUACCCCCAUCGCUCCGGACAUCCAAACCCAAAAAAUGGCCAACAAUCAGGUGGCUUUCUUGAUUCUAAUAAUCGCUGGGAUAGCCAGUAGCGGGAGUGAGGCUGCCGACAAGGAUGGCUUCCCAGUGGCCAUCAUCCACAUCAACGACUUGCACGCGAGGUUCGAGGCCACGGACACCUCCGGCGGCACCUGCGACGAGGGCGAGACCUGCAUCGGUGGCUAUCCCCGCACCGUCUACACGAUCCGUCGCCUCCUCGCCGAGCAGGCCGAACUGAAUCCCAUCUACAUCAAUGCCGGCGACAGUUUCCAGGGCACCUUGUGGUACAACCUUGGUCGCUGGAAUGUCACCCAGGAGAUGCUCAAUCUCCUGCCCGCCGAUGCCAUGACCCUCGGCAAUCACGAGUUCGACAAUGGCGUGGAGGGUGUGGUGCCAUUCCUGGAGACGAUCAACACCAGCAUGCUGGUGGCUAACAUGGACUGCGCCCACGAACCCACCAUGGAUGGCCUGUACAAGAAGUCCGAGAUCAUCGAGAGGAACGGUCGCAAAAUCGGUCUGAUCGGCGUUAUCCUGGAGACCACUUACGAACUGGCCAAUACUGGAAAACUGAUCUUCCGGAACGAGAGCGACACAAUCCGUGAGGAGGCAGCGCUGCUGAAGGCCCAAGGUGCCAACAUCAUCAUCGUGAUCUCCCACUGCGGCUAUGAUGUGGACAAGGACAUCGCCGCCAACGCCGGUGAUGUGAUCGACGUAAUUGUGGGCUCCCACUCCCAUACAUUCCUCUACACGGGUGAUCCGCCGGGUCCCCAUAGUCCUGCUGGUCCCUAUCCCACUGAGGUGGUUCAUAGCACCGGACAUCGCGUCCUUAUUGUCCAGGCAUCGGCGUAUGCCCGGUAUGUUGGUAACUUGGUGGUCUAUUUCGAUGACAAUGGCGAUGUGGUGGACUUUGAGGGAGCUCCGCUCUACAUGGGACAAGAUGUGCCACAGGAUCAGGAUGUACUGGCGGCCAUGGUGCCAUGGCAGGUGGAAAUCGACAAGAAGGGCAAGGAGGUGAUUGGCAGCACCAAGGUGGAUCUCACCAAGGACGACUGCGCCCAGGGCGAGUGCAAUUUGGGCAACUUCUUCUGCGAUGCGAUGGUGCAUUCGUUUGUGGGAAUGGCUCCAUUCGAGGACAAGGCCUGGACCAAUGUUUCUGCAGGACUUAUGAAUAUUGGAGGACUAAGAGUACCUCUCACCAGGGGAAAUCUCACCUAUGCCCACAUGGUCAGCAUGUCACCCUUUGAGAACACCCUGGUGGCCUACAGCCUGCCUGGCUCCAAAAUUGUAGAGGCCAUGGAGCAUGCCGCCAGUAAAGUGGACUUGGAGCAGAAUACCACUGGCUCCUACAUUAAUCUUCAGUUCUCCGGCAUACGGGUGAAGUAUGACUACACCAAGCCAGUGGGAUCCCGUGUGAACUCCGUGUCGGUGCGCUGUGCCGACUGCGAGGUUCCCAAGUAUGAGGCCCUGGUGAGCGAUAAGCUCUACCGGCUCACCUCCCCGGACUUCCUGCAGCAGGGCGGCGAUGGCUAUACCAUGCUAGCCGAGGGCACCAACAUCCAGCGGGGAAUUACCGAUCUGGAUGCCCUAAUCUCGUACAGCAACCACCUUGGUCCGAUUAUCCACGGUCUGGAGGGACGUAUUACUGUUCUUAACUGAUCCAGGAAUCAGAAAAAUGCUGUACUGCCAUAAAGUUUCAUUUUUUUUAAAUUAAAAACUUUUCAAAAGUUAAAAA